CAGCAAGACGGGCUCGAGGGCUGGAUCCAGCUCCUCGCCGACAUUCUCCAGCAGGAAAGGCUUCCCAAAAGUAAUGGCUUUUUCCAGACUGCAGAGGAAGUCCCGGUCGCUCAGCUUGGCCACCUCCAGGCUGUUCACUUUCUCCUGAAAAGCAGCAGGAGCGUAGCAGGGAUGGAGAAGAGCACAGUGCUGUGCAGGUGUUCUGCUAAGGGCUCUAUUCCCACCAUGCUGAGGAGAUGAAGGGUGUAUGGGGGGAAUGGCACACCUGGGUCCUAAUUUUGGGGCCAGGCCUGCAGCAUGUUCGCUGAUGGGAUGUUUGCUCAGGUGUGCAGGCUAAGGCUCAGUCAACCAAGGGCAUCUAAUCCCAUUUCUGAUGUGCCUUGCCCACCCUUCACAUGCACUGUACACCUCUUGCUGGGCAGAUUUAACUCCCCAAAGCAGCAGAAAUUAUAUGUCUUCUUGCUCAGCUAGUUUUUUUGCUAUUUUGGCAAAUUUAGCCCACUCACAGGGCAUCACCAGACACUACACGCAGCCCAGCUGGGCAGCAGAAAUGGCGGGGGGGAGGGGGUUCAGGAAAGACUCCUUCAGGCAGCUCUGCCUCUGCAGAGCCCUGUACUGGCAACUCAAGCUUCAUUUGUCUGCAAAGUGAGAGCAGGUGGGUGGGAAAGCCCAUGGGGGACCACAACGGGAGCAGCUGUCAGUCGCCCUCGUAGCCCUUUAAAAGGGCAGUGGGUCGCCCUCUGGAGGGAGAGAAGAGGUAGUGGCCUGUGUUUCCAGCGGUCUGGCAGCAGGUAUUGUGCUCGUGAGUUGGUGUUGGCCACCUUGCCAUGUUCAGCCAGAGACGCUCCCAGACCUUCCUGGACACAGUCAACAGAGGAGCAGAGUUUGUGAAGACCCUUCAGCUGGUCUACCCCCAGGCAGAAACCCUUUGCGAGAGUGACUUUGACUGGCUCUUUGACUGCCCUGAGACAGAGCAGUUCCUUGAGUGGUUCUGCAAAACAGUGGGUGAGGAGAAUGUGCUGAGCCCAGCUGAGGUGCAGGCCUACGAUGCGCUGGUGGCUGCAGGCAAGCCCAUCCUGGAAGGUGAUGAACUUGAGCAGGCAUUGCGGAAGUGUCACCGGGUCCCACAGCUCCCACGCGUGAUACCAGAGGCUGAGGGACCCUCUCUAAAGGCCCUGGAGCGGGAGGUCCAGGAGCUGAAGGACUAUCGUGUGCGUCAGCUCUGGCGGCACAACAAGCUGCAGGUUUGGGCAGCCGGUCUGCAGCAGGAGCUGAGCUAUUUGCAGAAAGAGGAGAAGGUGGUGAAGCGGGCCUUGAGGAAGGCUCAAGAGGACCUGGAAGUAGAGGUUUUCCAAGCCAGUGCUGUUCUGAACCAGAUCAGCGAGGUUGCAAAGCAGCUGGUGAAUUGGCACGGGGAAGGGGGCAAAGACCAGUCACCAGCGAUGCUGUACGAGAUGGACCUCAGUUCUUACAUCGAGCUGGAACAACAGUCGGCAGAUGUGUUUGAGCAGUUCUUCCAGCAGGUCCUGCCAGGGACUGCCCAGGCUCCCGAUGCUCAGGGGGCAGAUGUGCAGAGAGAGAGCAGUCUGCAGGAAAGGCUGGAGGCUUGGACAGAGAUGGACUUAGCCUGGGAAAUACUGGAAGGGAGACAAGUAGCUCUUUGUCCAGAGUGUGCAGAGACACAGCAGGUGGCAGCAGAAAAAAGCCAAGAAAUAAUAGUCCAAGGCUCAAGGGCAGAACGGCUAGCAGAGGGGAGCAGUGGGAGUGAGAUGCCAAGUAUGGGGGAUGCAGAGAAGAGAGGUGGCAGCCAAAAAGCCCCAGAGAGAACAGACACCAGUCAAACAAAGGUGGUGAAAAGCCUCAGGACCAAUGUAGAUGAGCUAUCAGGGAACCAAUGCAGUUACUGGAAGGAGCUGAAACAAAUGGAGAAAGCGUAUAUCUGUGCCCAGAGGGAGGUUAUAACCAUGACGGCCAAAGUGGAAGGCCACAGUGCUGCGCUGCAGUGGGCCCAGAAGACUCUGAAAGCUAUCAAGGAGAACAAGCGUGCAGUAGAGGCCCAGCUCCAGAGCCAUACCACCAUGCUCCAGGAGCAGCUUCGUGCCCUGCGCUGCGACAUCGCGCACACCCAUGCCCAGCAGCUGCUGCCCCUGCUGAAGGCAGCAGCCUGCCUCUUUCUCCUGCCCGUCCUGCAGGCGCAGCUCAGCCUGGAAACUGCUCGCCUGCAGGAUAUUGCCCAGAGGCAGGAGGAGGCAGCAGCAUGGCUGGCGAGCCAGCACAGCCGCCUGGAUCUGUUGGGGCUCCAGCUGAAGCAGGAGAGAAAGGAACUGGACCAGAAGGCUGCUUGGCUGAGAGAGAUGGAAACUCUCCUGAAGGAUGCCCAGACCAAGCUGCAAGAGUAUCACGACUAUUUCAAAGAGGCCGACUCCUCCGUGAAGGGUUGUGCACGCACACAGGCAAAGCCCAAAGACCUCACCACCAUGCGGCUCUGGGAUGUGUUGGUGGGGCAAGAUCGGGAUGAGCAGCUCUUCUGCAGCUAUGAGGCCAUAGCAGCCCACAGUUCCCAGUUGGUCAAGGAUCGGAGGGCACUGGAAAUACAGCUGGCAGCUCCUAUGCCCCAGCUCCCUGCCCUGGAGUCUGCCACAGAGAAGCUCUACCGGCUGCUGUACAACAACUCCAACCAGCUGCAGCUUUGCUCUCCGGAGACCACUGAACUGACGCACCAACUGAUUGCUACGCAGGACACACUCUACCAGAAGUUGACAGACCUCCUGAGUGACUUGAAGGUCAAGCGCAGAUCUCUGCAGAACCCUAUCCUGCAGGUAGAGCGCAACCUCUACAUUUAUUUUUUCUGCAAUGAGGAUCGGCUGAGAGAGGUGGUGGAGGAGCUGGAGAAGGAAGCGUUGGCUUCCUCCAAGAGGCUGCUGAUGGCGCUGCCCAACACAAAAGAGUAGGCCAAAGGGGUGCUUUCUCCUUGCUGUAGAGGUGGUGUUCUCUUCUGGUUGGGCUGAGCCAAAAAUCUUGGACUGGGAGAGAUCCCUGGUGGUCCUGGCUUUAGUGGCAGGUUGUGGUGCAGCAGCAAGGCUUAAGAUAAGUGUGGGGCUUAAUCCUUAAAUGAAUUUUCCUGAAACCAAUGGGUGGGUUUGUGUAAGAAAUUGAAGCAUCUUGUGAGUUGGUAGUGGAAGCCUUGAAUAGUUAUGAGACUUUCCACACCAGCUCUAUAAGAGGGUUGGUGCUGGGGGGCAAGUGGACUGACGCUGUGUCUUUCCCAACCUUCAUGGGGAAAAGUUGUGCAUGUUUUGUGGGGAAUAAAAGUCUGUUAUUCACA